AUGUGUUGUGUAGUUUUAGGUGGACCAUUCCCGGAUGUCUGCCAGCGGUCACUCUACAAGGCAGCUCGCAUUCGUAUGUGCGUCAGCGCAGAUACUCCGCUCAAUAUCAAAUGUCUCUACGCUAGAAUUGCACCAUCAGCCCAGGAGUAUAAGUACCCGAUAUGGCCUCUGAAGCAUUACACGACAUCGCAAUACGAAAUAAAACCUUCCACAAUAUCAGCUCUCCUCCGUUGGUAUAUCGAAACCAUGAGCCAUAUCCGCCCUGUCACAGAGUGCUCCCCAUCGGCGAUUGCCACACCAGCUAUCUUCGGCGCCGAAAUCCUCGCCCUCGAGGCAUCCUGGGUCAAUAACUUCACCCUCGAUAUCCCUGGUGAUUUCAACUACAACCACGGUGCUCAGUCGGUACAAAAUGUGGAUUUCUGCAAUGUAACAGUGACCUACACCCAUCCAGGCUAUGACGACCGUAUUACCGUGGAGACCUGGCUGCCACGCAACUGGAACCAACGCCUACAAGCCACCGGCGGAGGAGGAUGGCGGGCCGGUCGGUUCGCCCUGUCCCAGUUCUUCAUGGGCGGCGCCAUUGGAGAGGGGUGUGCGACGACGACAACCGACGCCGGUCUCGGGGAUAAAAUGCCAGACGCAUGGGCUCUCAAGAGCCCCGGGAAUGUCAACCUCGAAUACCUCCACAACCUGGGCUACCGAUCCCUCAACGACGAGGCGAUUAUCGCCAAAGAUCUGGUGCGCUGCUUCUACGGCAUGCCUCCCGCGUACUCCUACUGGAGUGGCUGCUCGCAAGGCGGACGCCAGGGUCUCAUGCUUGCGCAGCGAUACCCGCACGCCUAUGAUGGUAUUGCGGCGUCCGCACCCGCGCAGUCGUGGCCCGAGUUUGUGACCGCGCUUUACUACCCGCUUCUUGCUCCCCUCUGGGCCGGCGAGCCGUCUCCGCUGAGCUGUGAAUUGCAGUUCCUGACGGAGGAGGCUGUGAAACACUGCGAUCCCAAGGACGGAAUUGUCGAUGGUAUCAUCUCGGAACCGGACAACUCGCUACUGGGAGACCACAUGCGGCUUAGCAGAGCGGCAGCGAUCACGGCAAAAGCAGCUUGGUCGGGCCCUAGGACUGUUGCUGGUGAUUCCUUGUGGUAUGGGGUGAGCCCAGGUUCGGACAUCUCUGGACUGGGUGUUGCGCCGGGUCAGAACAUCACGGCUAGCCCGGACGAGUGGCUCAGCUUGUUUGUGCUCAAGAACCAAAGCUUUGACAUCGCCCGUUUGAGUCACGAGGAAUAUGACUCGCUUUUCCGUCUCGCCGUCAAGGAAUACACCGAUGUCAUGGCUGCCAAUGAUCCAGAUCUUACCGAGUUCAGGAACGCGGGAGGGAAGCUCCUCACGUACCAUGGCAUGGCUGAUGGCAGCAUUCCAACAAAGGGCACGGAGCAUUAUUAUCGUGCAGUUAGCCAGUUGAUCCCUGACGUACAAGACUUCUACCGGUACUUUGAGUCUCCAGGUCUGGCGCAUUGUGCUGGCGGCUGGGGUGGACAGCUAACAACUGCAUUUAAUGCGUUGAGGAAAUGGGUGGAAAAUGGUACUGCGCCCGAGUUUCUCCCAGUGCGCGUCAAUGGGACGGAUGGAGAGCACGACUGGAUUCUGUGCCCCUAUCCAGCCAAAGCGAUCCAGCAAAGUGGAAAUGCCACCGACGUCGGAAGUCUUCGUUGCGCCCAUUGA